CCUGAUCUAUCGAAAAGUGAAAGUGGUCCGGGCCGUUGAGAAGCUGUCGGGCACAGUGGAUGGAUUCUGCCGUGCUGGGAGCACACAGACUCAGUUGCUGGGGUAGAUAAGUCACAAACUGGAUGUGAUUCUGAUGAGAAUUGCAGCUCAGGUUUUUACCAGRCUAGAGAUGCAGUAAAGACAUUAAAAAGCAGCAGGAAAUUCAAGGCUGCUUUGUCCCAAAACAAUUGUGUUUAUCUAUUGGCUCUCAGCUGUUUGGCCUAGACUGCCAUGUUUAUCUAAACUCCCCAAGGAUGAUAAGUCAMCAAGGGCUUGAUUCCCUCCCACCCCCCUCACCCGUGUUGGACCUGGCCUGUGAACCCAAGGCCUAGGAGGAGGAGACUCUGAACUCAGGUGAACCGAGCAAGAGACGAUAACAUCAUGGACUCUGGAUUCUGGGGRGCUAUGGUCRGUCCUAGUACGGAGACCCACCAUCAAUGUCACCGACUCCACUGAACCCCGCCCCAUCUCAUGUGUUGUACCUGAGCUCCCUCCCUGCCCCAGGCUGUCUUAACUCGUGCGCGUGCGUACGUGUGUGUGUGUUGUUCUGGUUCUGGACCUUCAGUGACUCUGGAUGUUUCCUGUGAACAGAUGAGACCUGCCUGUCUGGUAACAGCUCUCAGACCUGACCCUGUUCUGGAUCACAGUUAACCCUGGAGUCCUGCUCGGUGUGUGCAGUCAUGGAUGAGCAGGCGCUGCUGGGGCUGAACCCCAACGCUGACGCCCCCUACAGGCAGAGGGCCUUGGCGUACUUCGAGCAGCUGAAGGAGUCUCAGGAUGCCUGGGAGGUUUGUGCUAACGCCCUCGCUAACAGGAUCUACAGUGAUGACCACAUCAAGUUCUUCUGCUUCCAAGUGCUGGAGCAUCAGGUGAAGUUCAGGCACGGCGCUCUGACUGCAGCUCAGCAGCAGCUCAUCAGAGAGACGCUGAUGAAGUGGCUGCAGUGUCAGCUGAUGAGCUCGCAGCCAGAGAAGACCUUCAUCAGGAACAAAGCAGCUCAGGUGUUCGCCCUCACCUUCGUCAUGGAGUACCUGACUCUGUGGCCCAAGUUCUUCUUCGACAUCCUGUCCCUGGUGGGCCUGAACCCGCACGGCGUGGACGUGUACCUGCGCACGCUGAUGGCCAUCGACGGCGAGGUGGUGGACAGAGACAUCCUGCACACACCUGAGGAGACCCGCAGGAACACGCUGAUCAAGGACCACAUGAGGGAGCAGUGCAUCCCCAGCCUGGUGGAGUCCUGGUUCCAGAUCCUGACCGCGUACCAGCAGUCCCACCCGGAGCUCACCUGUCAGUGUUUGGAGGUGGUGGGGGCCUACGUGUCCUGGAUCGACCUGAGCCUCAUCGCCAACGAGCGCUUCGUGAACCUGCUGCUCAGUCAGGCGAGGACGAGGCCAUGUUCGUGGAGUACAGGAAGCAGCUGAAGAUGCUGCUGGACCGUCUGGCCCAGGUGUCUCCAGAGCUGCUGCUGGAGGCGGUCCMCAGGGUCUUCAGUCGCUCCAUGCAGGCGUGGCAGGCGGCUCCCUUCAUGGASGUGGAGGUGUCCAUCAGGCUGCUCUACAUGCUGGGAGAGGCGCUGCCGGCGUCUCACGGAGCUCACUUCUCCGGAGACACGGCCAAGACCAGCGCCCUGCAGGACAUGAUGAGGACGCUGGUGACCUGCGGCGUCAGCAGCUACCAGCACAGCUCCGUCAGUCUGGAGUUCUUCGAGACCGUGGUCCGCUACGACAAGUUCUUCAUCGUGGAGCCUCAGCACAUCCCCGGGGUUCUGAUGGCCUUCCUGGACCACAGAGGACUGAGACACAACAGCCCCAAGGUCCGGAGCCGGGUGGCCUACCUGUUCUCCAGGUUCAUCAAGACCCUGCAUAAACACAUGACGGCCUUCAUCGAGGACAUCCUGACCAGGAUCCAGGACCUGCUGGAGCUCAGUCCUCCUGACAACGGGCUCCCGGCGCUGCUGACCAGCGAUGACCAGCUGUUCAUGUUCGAGGCGGCGGGRGUGCUGAUCGUGAGCGGGGACAGUCCUGUGGACAGGAAGCAGACUCUGAUGAGGAGCCUGCUGACGCCGCUGAUGGACGCCUUCCACCUGCUGCUGGCCAAGCUGCUGCAGGAGACGGAGGCGGAGCCUCAGGCCGCCCUCGCCGACUGUCUGAGCCACGCCGUGGGCUUCGCCAGCCGGACCAGCAAGGCCUUCAGCAACAAGCAGACGGUGAAGCAGUGCGGCUGCACCGAGGUCUACAGGGACUGUCUGCAGAGCUUCCUGCCUGCACUGAGCUGCCCGGUGCAGCGGGGGGCGCUGCGCAGCGCCGUACGCUCCUUCCUGCACCGCAUGAUCAUCUGCCUGGAGGAGGAGGUGCUGCCCUUCAUCCCCCCCGCCUCCGAGCACAUGCUGAAGGACUGUGAGGCCCGGGACCUGCAGGAGUUCAUCCCACUCAUCAGCCAGAUCACCGCCAAGUUCAAGCGCCAGGUGUCUCCCUUCCUGCAGCAGAUCUUCAUGCCUCUGGUCCUGGCCAUCUUUGAGGUUCUGGCCCGGCCCGCGGAGGACAACGACCAGACGGCGGCGCUGGAGAAGCAGCUGCUGAGGAGGAGCUACUUCAGCUUCAUCCAGGCCGUGGCAGGCAGCGGCAUGAACGAGGUUCUGGCCAACCAGGGAGCGGAGAACAUGGAGCGGGUUCUGUUCACCAUCAUCCAGGGGGCCGUGGACUUCCCGGACCCCCUGGCCCAGAAGACCUGCUUCAUCAUCCUGUCCAAGCUGGUGGAGCUGUGGGGAGGUAAAGACGGCCUGGUGGGCUUCCCUGACUUCAUCUACAAACACAUCGUCCCGGCCUGCUUCCUGGCGCCGCUCAAACCCACCUUUGACCUCUGCGACGCCCAGACGGUUCUGACGCUGUCAGAGUGUGCCCUGACCCUGAAGAUGAUCCACCUGAAGCAGGGCUCAGAGUUCCUGCAGUUCUUGCAGCAGGACUACCUGCCGUCUCUCCAGGUGACUCCAGAGAUCUCCCAGGAACUGUGUCAGGUUCUCCAGCAGCCCGACGUUAAAGUUCUGAAGAACUACAUCAAGGCCUUCUUUCAGAGAGCAAAGCUGUGAAACUGGACCUCCAUCAGAACCCAAACAGGAAGUGGAACCCUCGCUGCUCAGCUGAUGGACACACUGACGAGAGGCGGAGCUGUCCGCCUGAAGGUUCUGAAGGUUCUGAAGGAACAGAGAGGUUCUGCAGGUUCUGAAGGAACAGAGAGGUUCUGAGAGCUGGACUGGGAUCAGACAGACACGCUGCUGCCUGAGGACUCACAGAUGAACUGAAGCAGACGUUUGUCUCCACGGGACUGAAGCUUUGAUUUAAUGAGGUUCAGAUUUGUGUUUGAGGUGGAACUGGUCCUGUCCCACCUGGUUCACCUGCACCAUCCAAGUGAAGGUGAACGGUCCGGACGGGCUGUAAAUACGACUUAGAUGUGAAAAAUGUAAAUAAAAUCUGGAGUUUACUUUGUUAAAUUAAUCACAGUAUGGAAGCCUGUUGAUGCCAAAAGGAAGAAAGUGUCAAAACUAUUUUUAUUUGAUCUGAUUGUUUGAGCCUGUAGUUAAUUUUUGAUUUAUCCUAAAAACACACAUUUACAGUCAGUCAGGUUGUAGUUCAGCUCAACUUGCUGUAAAUAAAUUUUUGUUAUGAAGUAAAAACAGAAACUUA